AGCAGAUCGAAAGGAACACAUCUCUAAAACUCGAGUUGGAACAUUUUUACUCUUCCGUUUCAGAGCUGAGGUUAGGCUGCCUUCGUUGUUAUUCUUCAAGUUAUGCAGAAUAGUGCGCAAGCUUGGUUCAUGGGGGGACCCAGUAGCACCGAUCAGCAGCAAGCCUCGUCUCUGCUCUCCGAUUGGAACUCUUAUGCGGCAUCGAAAGCUUCAGAAGAGAGUGAAUCGUCUACCUUAGGUAUCGACCUCGAAGCCGCUGUAAGGACUGCCAACGACAAGGUCGCUGGAACUUUUAGCGUGGUUUCGAAAGGAGUGAGGGAUUUGCCAGGGAACUUUCAGUCUGCUACCAGCAAUGUCCCUUCUGGAAAAUCUCUCAUGUACUUUGGUUUACUCCUGGCCACUGGAGUGUUCUUCAUUUUCAUUGCAUUCACCAUGUUCCUUCCGGUCAUGGUGCUAAUGCCUCAGAAAUUUGCUAUCUGCUUUACCCUUGGAUGUGCUUUCAUCAUUGGAUCUUUCUUUGCCUUAAAAGGUCCCAAAAAUCAGCUUGCACACAUGUCAUCAAAAGAGAGACUUCCUCUUACAUUGGGAUUCAUUGCCAGCAUGGUGGGUACUAUCUAUGUUUCCAUGGUGCUUCACAGUUAUGUUCUUUCUGUGCUUUUCUCUGUGUUACAGGUACUUGCACUUUUAUACUAUGCCAUUUCCUACUUCCCUGGAGGAUCUGCUGGACUAAAGUUCCUUACGUCGGCUUUCAUGUCUUCAAUAUUGAAGUGUUUUGGCAGGUGAUAAAUAUGACAAAAAAGGCACAAAGAAGAACAUGGUAUUGCAUUUUUUCUUCUUCUUUGUAUACCUGUUUGUGAAAGGUUUGUGAGAGUUCAUGUUCUGAAAUAGAAAUUCUGUAUGCCUUGGAUCCAAUUGAAAAAGAACCUUGCAGUUCCACACCCACUUAUUCACUGAAGCUGUUCUUUUUUCAUACUAUUUCUGCGACGCAUAAAUGAAUUUGGAUAAAUUAGCAU